UCGAUUCUCCGACUGUUUUUAGUGAAAUGGUUUCAGAAUAAUAGAAAACCAUUGUAAAAAUAAGACGGGUCAGUUCGAAAAACCCUUCACAACAACAAUCUGCAUGAAGGGCAAGUGGUUUAAUGCUGAAAACUUGUGUAUCUCCCAACCCUCGACACAACGCUAGUGGCGUGGAUGGAUGUGUGGCCUGUGUGUGUGUUUGUUUGAGGUUGUGUUGUGAAUUUCCCAGGGACGGAGAAUAGGACCGAAAAAUGCGUAUCCGUGCGUGUCACAGUAUUUCUAUCAUCCCCUCCCGUGGGUUGCAGAAGGAAUAAUUAAUGUAAAAUUCAACCCGCAGUGUGUAUAUCAGCAUCCGGAUAUAGCGAAUUGCAUAGCAACCGCAUAACGGUGACGGAGCAGGCCAUAUCGUUCCCAAAUCACGAUGCAAUUGUAUCCUUUACUCUGGUAGAGAAGCCAUUUUCCAUCCCGCAAACAUUGGAGCAAGGGCCCAGAAAAGACAGUCGAUCAUUGAUUUUCUUGCUGCAUCGCGACCGAGAGGCUGUAGGCCUCGUAAAGAGACCAGAAAAGAAAGGGCAAGAAUCAGGCCCCAGCCAACGUUCGCGAGUGAACGGAAAGCAAAGCUGGCUGGACGCUGGUGGGGAGCAGCCCAAGAAGAAAGGAAGUGAAGAAAAAAACCUCUGCGGGAGAGGAUCGAAAGGGCAGCGCAAGGCACUGUAAGAAGGAAGCGAAAGGAAACCUCGAAAGAAAGCCACACAACCAGCAAAACGACGUCCAAAACGUCGUCGAGAUCAAAGAAAGCCAUCUCCUCCAGUGCGCGCGCGAGUGUGUGUUUUUGUCUAUGCGUGUGAAUCUCUGUGUGUAUGUGUGUCUGCUGUUGGUGGCUGCAGUAAAGCCUGCUGUUCCCAUUUGUUGUGUUUUUUCCCUUCUUCAAAACCGGUGUCUCUGCGAAAAGGGCACACUCGAAGCGAAAGCCACCACCACAUCGGCUCGAAAAGUGGUUAAAGAGGAAAAAAGCGCGAAAAAGUGUGGUGGAAGGGGAGGCGUGCACAUAUGCAUCGUGCGUGUCCAAAAGUGUCGUUUGCUGUGAAAAUGUGUGCUUGAGAAAAAAAGUCGAGAAGAAAAAUUGUAUGAAACGUCCUUAGUAAAGUGUGAAAAUUGCAUUGCUAUCUGAGCAAGCCAGUGUGCAAAAAAGUGGUGUUGGAAAAACGCGGCUUGCGAGUGUGCGUGUGUGUCUUAUGUUUUACAAAUUUUGCUUUCCGUUUCCCAAACCACGAUCAUGUAGAGUGCCGCAAAGAGGAAAAGCGAAAAUUAAGUAUCCAGAAAUUCAUUCCUUUUUGUUGUGCCCGUGUAUGUUUAUGUUUGUAGUGUAGUUGGUACGCCGCCUGCAAGCGUGUUGGUGUGUGAGAAUUUUCCACGCAAUGUGGCGAUCGUUUUAUUUUUAUUUCUCUGUCCGACCGUCGUUCGGCAGAAAGCAACCGUAAAGCAUUCGGUUUUGCGGUUUAUUUGACGUGCACAGAAAAUCUACCCAUCAAAUCUAGCGUAAAAGCAAAGCCCUCGAACCUGAAGAGAGAACGUGACGAGGAAUCGAAUUGCCUGCCGGACGACUGCCGGGAGGAGGGACGUUCUACGAUCAAGCGAUCCGUUCGCCGUCCUUCAAACGUUCCCUCUGUCCGCGAGCGCGACCGGGAGUAGACGAUCGGACGGGUCCUUUAUUUGCGACAGAAAAAAGUGGUGGCCCAGUGAGAAACUUCCACAUACACCACUUCCUCCCGCACCAAACAACACUCUUUCGGCACAGCGGUGGAUCGGUGGUGCUGUUGCGCAGCCCGCAAGAUGGCGGCCACUAACCGGGCGCGGCCGCAGCCCCGCGCCAACAUAUCCUUCUUCUCGAAGAUCCAGGGCAAGAUUAGCGAUGCGUGCGCACAGCAGAAAUUUCUCACCGACAAGAAAACGCUGGAAAAAACGUGGAAGCUGAUGGACAAGGUGGUGAAGCUGUGCCAGCAGUCGAAGAUGAACCUUAAGAACAGCCCGCCAUUCAUACUGGACAUCCUGCCGGACACGUACCAGCGGCUGCAUCUGAUCUACUCCAAGUAUGAGGAUCAGAUGCAUCUGUUGCACUCGAACGAGCACUACAACAUCUUCAUCAACAAUUUGAUGCGCAAGUGCAAACAGGCGAUCAAACUGUUUAAGGAGGGCAAGGAGAAGAUGUUCGACGAGAAUUCCCACUACAGGCGGAACCUGACCAAGCUGAGUUUGGUCUUUUCGCACAUGCUGUCCGAGCUGAAGGCCAUCUUCCCGAAUGGGUUGUUCGCAGGCGAUCAGUUCCGCAUCACCAAGGCGGAUGCGGCCGAGUUUUGGAAGACACGUUUCGGCAACAGCACGCUCGUACCGUGGAAGCUGUUCCGGUUCGAGCUAUCCUUAGUGCAUCCGAUCUCCUCCGGGCUGGAAGCGAUGGCGCUUAAAACCACCAUAGACUUAACGUGCAAUGAUUAUAUAUCAAAUUUUGAAUUUGAUGUGUUUACAAGGCUGUUUCAACCCUGGAAUACGUUGCUGAGAAAUUGGCAAAUCCUUGCUGUGACCCAUCCGGGCUACGUAGCUUUCCUAACCUACGACGAAGUCAAAGCACGCUUACAAAAGUAUAUCACUAAGGCUGGUAGUUAUGUUUUCAGAUUAUCCUGCACACGGUUAGGGCAGUGGGCGAUAGGGUACGUGACGCAAGAGGGUGAAAUACUGCAGACGAUUCCGCAGAAUAAGUCAUUAUGUCAAGCUUUACUAGAUGGCCAUAGGGAAGGAUUCUAUCUGUACCCCGAUGGCAAACCGAACAAUCCAGACCUUUCGUUCGCCGUGCAGAGUCCGCUCGAAGACCAUAUCACCGUGACGCAGGAACAGUAUGAACUGUACUGUGAAAUGGGAAGCACCUUCCAACUGUGCAAAAUCUGUGCGGAAAAUGAUAAGGACAUUCGCAUCGAACCGUGUGGCCAUCUGCUUUGCACACCCUGCUUAACGGCCUGGCAGGUGGACUCGGAGGGACAGGGUUGUCCGUUCUGUCGGGCGGAAAUCAAGGGCACGGAACAGAUCGUGGUCGACGCGUUCGAUCCAAAGCGACAGCACACUCGCAAUUCGGCGAAUGGACGCCAGCAGCUACAGAACGACGAUCACGAUGACGAUACGGAGGACGAUUUCAAUAUUGCCACCUCAUCCCUGCACGCGCUGAGCAACAGCAUGACGCUGGCACGCAACAACAACGACAAGCAAAGUCCGCACUCAUCGCCCCGUCUGCCCCGACGCCAGCAGCAGCAGCAGCAACAGCAACAACAGCAACCGCCAUCUUCGUGUCAACCGAUCACGCAGGCACCGUCGGCACCGGUGCUAUCCGGUAGUGACAUCUAUGCCGGAGGCCCCUCAUCGAUGCUGCUCGUGGGGAUGUCAACGCAGGCACAGCACGCCACCGGCCACAGUGGGAAUAUGGUUGCGAACGCACCAACGGGAACUGCCGUCGGUACCUGCAACUCCUGUCCCGGGCCUCACGCAUCCACCAACACGUCACCAUCCUCGUCGUCGUCCGCAUCGUCCACGACCACUUCCUCUUCCUCGCCCUCCUCCUCAUCCUCCACCUCCUCCACUUCAUCCUCGUCAUCAACCACGUCCUCCUCCUCCUCGUCCUCGUCAUCUUCAACCGCCUGUCCCGGCAACACCGGGAUGUCAUCGGCACCAGUCGCAACCUCGCACCCUGCCCUUAGCUCGCCGGCGGCCAUUGCUGCGGCGGCGGCAGCAUCGGCACCUCCGCUAGCGGCGGCCACCGUAUCGCACACGGUCAACGGCAACCUGGCGACACACACCAACAUUUCGCUUAGCAGCUGCGGCACCAACAGUCCCAACACCCACAACAACCUGGUGAAGUGUAACAAAUCUUCCUCCUCUUCCCUUCUACCGCAGGGUGGCGGAGUUGCUGGUGGUGCCGCCUCCUGUACCGGGUCUCACCAGCAACACCAGCCCGCAAACCGAUUGAGCGCCCCGGUAAGCAGUGCGGUCGGAUCCGGUAACUCUCCGAGCAGCUAUCUCAUCCUGAAGGCACUCAACAAAGCCCUCUCGAGUGAAACGACUGCCAGCUGCCAGGGUGGAUCGAUGGAGUCGAUCUACCAGCACGGAUAUCGACAAUGUACGACGACCCCACCACCACUACCACCCCGCAAGUCCUCACCGGGCAUACUAGCCGGGAGUGCCGGUGGACCUUCCGACGUUCGACUUCAAAAGUCGUCCGCCUGUAGCAACCGUGUGAUCUCCGGCCCAUCUUCGCAACACCUGCAGCCAAGCGCGGCUCGACCUACGGGGCAGAUUAAUGGUGCUUCGAGUAUGGGCAACUUGGCGAACCACACGUCCGGUGGGCUGCAUCUCAGUCGCAGUUCGGAGAAUCUCCCAUCGUUGGCAACCUGCCAGCAGCAACCACCGCCACCACCCGUUCCCAAACAUCAGAAUAUCGUUGUGACGGCACAGGAGCAACACCACACGGCGACUUGUCCCUGUUCCAGCUCACAGCAGCAACAAUCUGCACCGGUGACGUUAACCGACCCAUUCGCCGCCGGUGAUGGCAGCACGGAUAAGGUGAUCGUUGGUCCAGCGGAAACAAUCGUCGGUAUUAUCGACACGAGACCGCCCGAGGCGCGUCAUCCGAUCAUACUGAAGGUGGACGAAAAGUCGGACCAGAGUCUGAUCCUUACCGCCGCCCUAACGCCCAACAACGUGUACCAGUUCAAGCCGACGAGUGCGUCGGUCAGCACCAACAAUCUGAACGGGAUCGUCACGGUACAAACGGCACUUAGUGAGCAAGUUACCAGCAGUCAGUCAGCGGGAGAGUCAGCUACUCAGCCAACGGUCUGCACAACCUCGUCGGUCCAGUACAAACCAGCUCCGGCUCAACCGCAACCAACACCCCAGCGACAGCCACAGCCCCAACCACGAACACAGUUCACGCAACCACAACAACCUACGGCAGCAUCCGGAGCACCGGCGACGACUCCCUCGAACAAUCAUCAGCGACAUCAGUCGCUACCGGCCAACAGUGCAGCCGUCGGUGCGAAGAUCCUUCCGCAUCCACCCUCCAAAUCGAUCACCUCCUCACAGUUGGCGGCAUCCGCAGGUGUUGGUCGAUCUGCCAUCGGCUCCUCCAGCAGCAGUAGCAGUGCCGGUGGCCAUCCGCUGGUGUACGAAAACGUCAACCUAGCAGCCGGCGGUGUACUGAAAGAGUGUUCCAGUAAUCGGCACGGGAUGUCGGCCAGUGGUAGCAACACCACCACCAGCAGUAACAACAACCAUCUGGCGAAUUUCAGCGGCGGUGCAGGAGGAGGGCCAUCGCUCAGUUCGGCCCUCAACAACAACAACAACCCGAACGUACCGUACGAGAAUAUCAACCUGGAGUACAUCGCACGGCUAAUGCAGGAAGGUUACUCGAAGGAGAACGUCAUCACGGCGCUCGGUAUCUCGCGCAACAACAUCGAGAUGGCGUGCGACAUACUGCACGAGUUUGUCAGCAAAAGUGGUGGUGGUUGAGCGGGAAGAUAAGCCGGAGCAGAGCAACCAUGCAACAAUGCAAAUUAGUUAGGCGAUUAGGAUUUUGUAAUGGACAGGACGAUGCUAUUUGCGAAGAUGGACACGAUCGAUUAGGCUAGAAUUCCUUGUACAUAUGUAUGAUUGUGAACUGUACAUUUAAGCGCGUGUGUGUUGUGUUAGGAUUUUCAAUUGCCGCUGAAAUGAACGCGAUCUGAAGCUAGUUUUUGUAAGUAUGCGGAGCGUGUAUUAUUCUUUCAUCAAAUGGAAGCUUUAUUUUAGUUCCUUAUCGAGCGCGUUGAGGUUUACAUUUAACGAUUAGAUAGACACGAGGUAUUGUUUUCUUUUUAGAUCUGUAAACUGUCGCUCUCUAUUUCUGUUUCUGUUUUAUUUGUAUUAAGUAUUUGCUAUCUUCUGGUGCAAGGAGAUAUUUGCAUACGAGACGACACGAGAGUCGCACCUCUGGUGUGCGUUUGCGUGAACAUUCCUGACUGUGACACAUACGUAUAUAGUGGAACGGUGCUUUACUACAACAAAUGCGCACAAAUCCGGACAGGGGACAUUCAGGAUGAAUUGAAUAGCAACAGGAAUCAGAUCUACAUAGUAUAGUAGCACUUAACCGAGGCAGCCAGUAAAGCGCUGACCAUUUUGUGGCCAUUACUCGCUCGUUUAUCUCACAACAAACUGGUAAGGAGUUACAUGAGCAGAAGAACCAGUAGUAAACAUGUUUUUUGCAACAGCAACAAGAAAACUUUAGAUAACUUUCAAUGUACAGCACACGCGUUGUAAAGCUAAUGUAAUUACCCCCGUUUGCAAAGUUUGGCUGUGGUUUUCGCAUGUUUUAUCAUACCUUUUGGAAGGGGGGGGGCGCAAUGAAACUAUUGUAAGGAAAAAGUGUAAUUUUAUCGUUUGGACAAAUGAAAAUCUAACUUGCUAAUGCGAAUAGGAUACGAAUCAUCAUGCUUAGUUGUUCUGUAGACAUCUUGCAGCGCUCGUGUAACCUCGCGGCUUUACGAUACUAGGGGCGGCGUUCGUGCCAAAAGUGUAACGUUAGGUGGCAUUAUGUGCACUGUGUUUCUUUCCAUCUGUUUAAAAGAAAAAGUUACAAGGGAAGCCAAGAAUUGAUAGGUGACGCAUAGUAAAAAGGUUUACUAAUCAUUCGU